CAACCUGGGCUGCUUCGCCCAGGCGUUCAGAACCAAAACCAACCUGGGCUCCUUCGCCCAGGCGUUCAGAACCAAAACCAGCCUGGGCUCCUUCGCCCAGGGGUUCAGAACCAAAACCAGCCUGGGCUCCUUCGCCCAGGGGUUCAAAGACAAAACCAGCCUGGGCUCCUUCGCCCAGGGGUUCAGAACCAAAACCAACCCGGGCUUCUUCGCCCGGGGCUUCAGAGCCAAAACCAGCCUGGGCUAGUGCACCCUGGAGCUCAGCCCCAACCAGGUCUUCUUCGUCCAGGCUUUGUGUCCCAGAACCAGCCUGGUCUGGUCUCCCACAACGCCCAGUCUGGUUUAAUGCAUGCUGGUGCUCAGACUCAAGGAGGGUUUGUACACUCGGGAGCUCAGCCUCAAAUCCAGCCAGGCUCAGCUCAUCCCAACCUUCAGACCCACUCUCAGGCUGGGCUCCUCCGCCCUGGGCUCCAGAGCCAAGCUGGGCUGGUACAUCCCAGCCAUUCCCAACCGGCUUUAGCACACCCGGGACUCCAAUCCCGACCGGGUUUAGUACGCCCUGGACUUCAGGCUCAGCCCCAGCCGGGUCUGGUGCGUCCAGGCCUGCAACCCCAAGCCCAGCCUGGCUUGCUUCGUCCUGGGCUUCAAUCCCAGCCCAGCCUACUGCAAUCCACAACCCUUUUCUACUCCUCGGCAGGGGCAGGUAUCCAGUUGACACGGGAGCAGUGCCAAGUGGCUGUGGGGAGGAUUCCCUGCGUGGCCCCGCAGGGCCAGGAGGCCUGCCUGCAAGCGGGCUGCUGCUACGAUGACAUGGACCGUGUGGCCCCCUGUUACUAUGGCAACACUGCCACUGUGCAGUGUCUGUUGGACGGGCACUUCGUGGUGGUGGUGCCGCGGGGCAUCGUCACCCAGCCCUACAACCUGGACAGCGUGCGCCUUGCCAGCGGCCAGGCCGGCUGCGAGCCCCACAGGGUGACAGAAACCUUCGUCAUGUUCCACUUCCCUGUCACGCAGUGUGGCACCACUGUCCAGGUGAUCGAGGACCGGCUGAUCUAUGAGAACCAGCUGAUCUCCACCAUCGAUGUCCAAGGGUCUCCCCGCGGCUCCGUCACACGUGACAGCAUCUACAUCCUCCAGGCUCGCUGCAUCUACAAUGCCAGCGACCUCUUGCCACUUCGCAUGGAGGUGGCCGUGCCCCCCACAGCCACCCCCUUGGCCAUGCCGGGGCCCCUGGAGAUCCAACUGCGCAUUGCCACUGAUGAAAACUACAGCUCCUACCACCCCGAGGGCGACUAUCCCUUGGUGCGGGUGCUGCGGGACCCCAUCUACGUGGAGGUUCGGCUCCUACAUAAAACGGACCCCAAUUUGGUGCUGGUCCUGCACCACUGCUGGGCCUCCCCCAGCACCGAGGCUGCAGCUGAGCCCCAGUGGCCCAUCCUGGUAGACGGGUGCCCCUUCACAGGGGACAACUACAGGACCCAGCUUGUGCCCAUGGGACCGGCCUCGCCGCAGCUGCCGUUCCCGAGCCACUACCAGCGCUUCGUCAUCUCCACCUUCACCUUUGUGGAGCCGCCCUCCAUGGCAGUGCUGGAGGGAGAGGUUUAUAUUUCCUGCAGCGCUUCUGUGUGCCACCUUGCCCAGCCUGAGCCCUGCCGGCCCUCCUGCCAGCUGGAAGCGCCCUCACGAGCACGUCGGUCUCCGAGGGACAGGACAGGUGAAACUGUGGGCACUGUCACCUCCCAGGGACACAUCAUCUUCCCGAAGGUCCCCAAGCUGCAGCGAGGCUGAGCCCAAAGGCG